UGUACUUCCAUUGGAAAAUGGCAUCUGCUGUCCUACAGUUCCCGACGUGUCUUUUGGCUUGAACCGGUGGCGAGUGUUGCCGAAUGACAAGUGACUUUAUCUUUUACUGAACGCUGUGUUUUCUAUCGAGAGCAGAGGAAGAAUUUCAUUUUAUCUACCUGGAAGAAAAAUAACCCUGCCAUACUGCCAGUAUUAUUGUUGGCAACUGAUACUGGAUCAUCAUCAUCAUCUUCAUCAUCAACAAGCUCUUCAUCAUCAUCAUCACCGACGUCACUGGACUUGCCAGGGAGUGCAACUUUAUCAUUUAACGCAGCAAAGCCAUGAGGAAUCUUUGGACCAAGGCAGGUGUUUUAGGUUCAGUGUCCAUAGCUUUUGGCUCAAUGCUGUGGUCACAAAAAAAGACUGACUCAGACCAGGUUGCUUCCAGUUGCACCCCUGCUGACAAAAAUUCCAGUUUUCCCUACGAGCUAAAACUGGUCCAAGUCCUGUUCCGACAUGGUGCUCGAACGCCACUCAAGUCAAUACCUGAUGUAAUGGAGGUCCAGUGGUUGCCAGCACUCUUGGAGCCUCCAGCACACACCCAUAUUAACUAUGUAGUGACAGAUCUUCAUGGUGGCCCCAGGCCCUCAGCUCCUGUAGAAGACAGCUAUCGGAAAAACCUGCUCACAGGUGGCACGUUCCCCGGUCAGCUGACCACAGUGGGCAUGCAGCAGCUGUAUGAGCUGGGCAACAGGCUGAGGAGGAGAUACAUUGAGGAGAUUCCCUUCCUCAGUUGCAGCUUUAGCCCAUCUGAGGUCUAUGUGCGCUCUACUAAUAUUGUGAGGACCAUUGAAUCUGCCAAGUGCCUCGUCGCAGGGCUCUUCCAGCAAAAACAAACAGAAAUUAUGCAUAUAUUAACAACGGAGGCAGAAUCUGAAAUCCUGUAUCCAAACUAUCAUGGAUGUAAACUGCUCAAAAUCCUUGGCAGCCAACGCUGGGCAGAGUCCUCCACUCUGCCAGACAUUGCAGCAGACCUGCAGAGCAUCCAGAACGCGUUGGGCAUCGCUGCUCACCAGCACGUCGACUUCAUCCUCAUUAGGGACGACAUGGUUGCCAGAGAGACACACGGCCUGCCCUGCCCACCAGUGCUGGACACCUGGAGGGAUAAAGUGGAACAGAGAGCUGUGGACAUGAUCUGCCAUGUCUAUGAACCCAGCAAGAGGGAGAACUUGCAGCUGUGUGUGGGACCAUUCCUGCACAUAUUGUUAACCAACUUGGAGGAGAAACUACAGGGCACCUCAUCAGAGCCAAACAGGAAGUUGUUUUUGUACUCUGCACAUGACACCACUUUGAUUCCCUGUCUGAUGGCUCUGGGGAUUUUUGACAUGAGAUGGCCACCGUAUGCAGCUGAUAUCACUUUGGAGCUGCACCAGCACCGGCAGACCAACGAAGCCUUUGUCAAAGUGUCAUACAUAGGCCAGGAUCAACUUAUUCCAGGUUGUAGUGGAGUCUACUGCCCCCUGCAGGAAUUUAAACAGGCCAUCUCAGCAUACACACUGAGCGCCGAACUCUACCAGUCACUUUGUAACAGCAAGGAGGGCUUAACUGAGCCCUGAACCCUGAACCGACCGUCACAUCUGAACACACUGCUACCCAUGACAUUACACUCCAACACUCUGGCAUCAUGUUUUCUUUAACGUCCUCAGUUUUCACUCCAUCCAGCCACCAUUUUAAUUAUACCUCACUGUCAGACUACACUGGAUUACAGCCUCUUUCAGCGAUCUUUUAAUUUCAUUAUUCCUCAUUUCCAUGUAACCAUGGCAGUCAAAUGUUCCAUAUAGGUAAAUGAAUAUAAUGGUUGUGGCACACUGACAAGUUUAUGUGCAGAAUGAUUUUUGCUAUGCAGUGUGCCUGAUAUCAGAUGCUUAGUGCAUAGGUGUCUUUUGCAAUUCAUUUGUUUGCAUUUGUUUGCUUAGUGAUGAAGGGUGGUGUUAUUCCAUGUCUUUUUUUUAAUUGCCAAGAAAUCCCAAAAAACUAAAACCAGCCGUGUUUCUCCAUCUCUCAGUAACUUUAGAAAUCUUUAAAAACAAAUCACAAAUACGUAGGUUCAUUUUUAAAAAGUAAUUUCCCAGAACGACUGGACUAGUUUUAGCAAAUGACACUCAAAUGUAGGGAGGAGUAAGUUGUGUCCAGGUUCACUGAAUGAAGGAAAAUGUCACCCAUUGAAAUGGUUUGGCUCCUGUUUGUGUGUUUUUAAGUUCUUAGACAAAAUUGGAGGUGUAUGGCACAGAGGAAUAAACUAAAUCAUGAUUCGCUAACACAGGUAAUACUUGUUAGGAUAAAUGCUGGUUUUGCUCUUCUUGGGAUUUUUUGACAAGACAAAUACAUAAUAUCAGCAUUUUUUUUUUUUUCAAAGUUCAAAUCAUUGGUGCAGUUUAAUCUUACACUGAAAUAUCGACAUUUUAAAGGUUGGACAAUGUGGCAUCGUAACAGCCUGUAUCUAAUUGCUGAUGCAAUUAUUCUGCCAAUUUGGUUGUGUUCACAACCAAAUCUUUAGAAUUCAGUCAUUUCAUUCCUCAGGGGAAUACUAAGCAUUUCAUGUACUGUAUCUGAUGUUUAUUAACAAAGGGGUGCAUAAAUUGGAUUGUACAUUAGUGUGUAGAUGGAUGUCUUAAUAACAAUGUAGAACCUGCAGAAAGGGAAUUAUUCUGUUACCGUACGUUUAAGAGUGAGUUUUUUGGUUGCCUUCUUGUUGGGAUUUGUUGGUACUAUCAGACCACAGUAUAAUGUAUACAUGAAUACAUGCCCAUUACAUAGACCUGAGUCUUGCUGUGUUACAAUAACACAUAUACCUCAUCAGUGGGAGUUCAUCAUGACCUGCUGCUUAAAAAUGUAAAAGUUUGGUUUGGAUUGGUGAGGCAUAAAUAAAUAUAAAUUUUAAGUCUCUCUUUUGGCUUGUGUCACG